AUUCCUUCAUUCCUCUUUUGCUUCCUUUUCUAGCUGUAAUUUCUACACUGGAAAUAUCUGUUCUGUUGAUGUAUUAAUGAGUAACUCGUUUACUUCCAGCUUUUAUUUUUUCUGUAUAGAGUCUGUUCUUCCUGCACAACAGAUUCUUAGAAAUUCAUUUAUUUCUGUCUUCUGUUGACCGGAAAUGUCUUUCUGUGGUCAGUUCAGAAUAAAGCAUGUGUGCUGGUGUGCUGGACACACACACACACACACACACACACACACACACACACACACCCUGACUGCACUGCUACCGUGACAGAUUAAAAGGUCAGACUUUGUGGUGUAAAGAUGGCCAGCGCUCCUGUAUCUGUCUCUAAAGUGGGAAGUGGCUACACCGUCUUCACUCAAGUUAUUCCCUCAUCUACAGCCCCGACUACAGCAGAGCAAAAUUCCACUCAGACACUCGGCCCACUGAGCAAGUUCCUGAAAGGAGAACCCAAAGCUCUGGGGACUGUCCAAAUAUUAAAUGGUUUAUGGAUGAUUGUGAUGAGUAUCUUGUCCUUCCCCAACUACUUAUACUUACUCUGGGGCCCUUUGAUUCAAAUCUUGGCCGGUUCUCUGAAUGUUUCAGCGAGCAGAAAAAUGAAUCCCUGUGUGGUGAAGGCUGCUCUGACUCUGAACAUCCUCGGUGCCAUAACGACUGGAAUCAGCAUCGUCUUCAUCUGUUUGCCGUUUGAGAGAUUCGUCUUUUCAGGAUAUUUCUACAUUAGAUGGAUCGUCCCAGAUGUCAUUUUACUAGCUUUCUCUUUGCUCCAGUUGGCCAUCUCCAUCUCCCUCUCUGUUUUUGCCUGUAAAGCCACAUGCUUAAAGGAACCUGUUGGGAUCAGUACAUUAAACAUCGCUGCCAUGAACCAGACACCUGCAGGAAGUCCUCCAACAUAUAGCAAUGUAAGCGACCAAUUAGAAGACAGAAAUUACUUUUAGAAAAUAAGGAAGUACCAUUAAAGUGUUCAUUAAUCCCACUAGGGCUCUGAAUAACACACUGACUAUCUGUUUGUUUUUUACUUUCCUAUUUCCAUCAUGACUAUACAAACCAGCAACAUUUUUUAUAUAUAUUUAUUUUACAUUAUAUUCUGUUGUUACAGCUGUUAGUGAUCAGUCAGUUCCUUCUGGAAAAAAUCUAUAAAAUGCUCCUACAUUCAUUAGUUAAUCAUGAGUAAAUAAUUAAUCAUUUACAAAGCAUUGCUUCUAUAGUAAUAGUCAUAAUGUCAUUAUAAACGAUUAAUUCUUGAUCAAAAAGCAUAAAUCAUGUGCUUAGUAAUUACAUUUACAUAUUUUAAUAAUGAUCAAUAUACAUUUUUAAAAUAAGCAAUAAAUUAGUGUCAGUGGUUCAUGAGAUCAUUUAGAAAGUGUUAGCAAUUAUUUAAAUGGAGUUACCGAGUGUUGAUAAAUGCUUUAUAAAUAUGUUUGUAGGAGCUAUUUGUGUAUUUUUGUUUGUGUAAUGUUAAAAUUAAGUAGUUUAUUUUUUGGACUUUUGUGUUAAUCUUUUAUGUUAAUUAGAAUGUGCUUACUUUUCUUAGUAAUCGUCUAAUGUGAUUGAUUUGGCACUUAAUAUUUCUUUUCUAUUGGGUUAUGCUAUGUGCACCUAGGGAAUAAAAGGGCUUCAGUUGUGGCAGCCCAGAAUGCACCUGGGUGGGCCUGUGUUUUGUUUUUUAAACAGUUUUUUCAAACCAGUUGGGCACAAGGAGCAGAAGAAUCUAAAUUGUUUGUUUGCCUGCAAACCCUUUAAUAAAGCUCACCAAACGCA